AUGUGUGGUGUUCGGCUUCGUCGAGCCGUCGCCACGCACGCCAUGCCCGUACGAGGCCUCGGCCCGCCCGAGGGCAAGUAUCGACGUGCGGACCAUGCCGUCUUCUUGAAAGCCCAUAUAAAUGUCUUCGGCGAUUAUAUGCCGACGCCCUUGACGAGGCGUCGUAGCUCACCGGACGAUAGCGAAUAUGCCCCAUACGCUGGUACCGGACCGGGAUUCAAGAAGAACAAGGUUCGCUAGCA